AUGGAAACUGAAGCAGUAGCAAAGCCUAUUCUCCAGAAGAUAUCAAAUAACGCACGAGUAAGGCUAGAUCCUCUUCAUGAAAGUCACCUUACUGAGCCAGAGAUGUCAGAGCUCCUCUAUAAAGGUAUUAACAAUGAAAAUAUUUUGGAAAUAAUUCAAGUUAAAAAUAAUAUUAAAGAGUCUGUUAAAUGAAGCAUCAGUCUAGACCAAACAGACAGCACUGGUGUUUUCAAAGGAGACCACAGCUCCUGCAAGACUCUUCAGAAUGGAGACUCAAAGAAUGACUCCGACAAUGACGACCAGCAAGAGGAGGAAGCUGAAGGGGAGGAUAACCUCCUUGAAGGUAACACUAAGCCAGUCAAAAAGAGAAAAUUGAGAGGUAUUUAUGCCAAAAAGGUCCACUUUUAUGUAAGAGAUUGCAGAUAUGACAUUAUCAAACGGACAGGUAGAAAAGAACUUAUGUGGAAGAAUAUUUACAAAGAGUCUAAACAGAACAAGGCUGAGGUUGAUUGCUGAAAUAUCAUCUGGUCAGACCUUGGCCUUCUACCUGAGAAGCUUCAAAAUAUGAAAGCAUUCCAAUAAAA